CCUCAAUUCAAUUCCAACACCAAUUCCAAUCUAUCAAAAUGACCCCCAUCAACACCGCCGCCUGGAUCAAAUCCGAAAAGGCCCAUCCCCUCACCAUCGACACGGCGCCCUACCCCCAAGUCGGCCCCAACGAACUCAUCAUCAGAAACCACUCCAUCGGCCUCAACCUCGUCGACUACGCCCGUCAAGACCUCGGCGCCGCCCUCUUCCCCUGGACCAACUACCCAACUAUCCUUGGCAGCGACGUCGCCGGCGAAGUAGUAGAAGUCGGACCGGGCCCUCUCUCCUCACGCUUCAAGCCGGGCGACCGCGUCCUAGGCCUGACCAACGAACUGAAAAGCAACCGGCCCUCCGAAGGCGCCUUCCAGACCUACGUCGUUCUACAAGCCCACAUGACCUCGCCCAUCCCCAGCAAUCUCUCCUACGCCGACGCAGCCGGAAUCCCCCUCGGCAUUUCAACCGCCGCCUGCGGCCUCUUCCAAAAAGAUUACCUCGCACUCCAACACCCUACUGCUCCUCGCGCCGCCUCGACAUCCCAGACCGUGCUCAUCUGGAGCGGCGCAUCCAGCGUAGGCAGCAACGCUAUCCAACUUGCCGUUGCGGCAGGGUACGAGGUAAUCACGACCGCAUCGCCCAAGAACUACGACUUUGUCAAAUCUCUCGGUGCUAGUCUAGUCUUCGACUAUAAGUCCGAGACAGUGGUUGAGGAUAUCAUUGCGGCGUUUCAGGGGAAGCUCAGUGCGGGUGCUUUGGCCAUUGGACCGGAUUCACCAGCCAAGUGUGGGGAGGUUGUUGCGAGGGUCGAGGGGAGGAAGUUUGUGACGUUGGUGAGUCCUCCGACGGGACCGUUGCCGGAUGGUGUCGAGUCGAAGUUUGUCUUUGGCAGUGAUUUGGUCGAGAAUGAGGUUGGGUCGGCGGUUUUUGUGGAUUUCUUGCCCCGGGCGUUGGAACAGCAGAGUUUUGUGAGUGCGCCGAAAGUGGAGGUUGUGGGCGUGGGGUUGGAGGAGGUGCAGGGGGCAUUGGAGAUACUGAAGAAGGGGGUGUCGGCGAGGAAGUUGGUGGUGGAGUUGUAG